AUAUAUUAAAUGUUUUCAUUAUACUAAUGUCUACAGUUAUAAUUACAUUAUAAAAAAGAUAUUUUAGGUAAUAUAGAAUAUUAUUUUUUCACAAUAAUGCGGUCGUCAUGGCUUCUGCGGAGCUAUUCUUUAUCAUAUUGACUUAUUUUGUACACUUUGCACAUUCUCCUGGGUCUGGUAAGACAGUUGAAUACCAAACGGAUUGUAAAAAUCUACGGAUGGGCCAGUUCAUAUGCCCUGACCCAACAUAUGAAUUAAUUGAUCCAGAAACUCAGCAGUUACGGGGUUGCACUAAAGAUAAUAUUGCUCAAGUAAGGUGUAAAGCAGGUGAUGGUAUUGUGUGCUUAGAAACGAAAAACUCAACAUUUUGGAAAGAAUUCCCGUGCAAAUGGACCAAUGGUUAUCACUAUGAUACAACACUAUUACUGUCAAUUUUUUUGGGCAUGUUUGGUGUAGACCGCUUCUACCUUGGUUAUCCUGCAAUAGGUCUACUGAAACUAUGUACGCUUGGUUUCAUGUUCAUUGGACAAUUAAUUGACGUUGUUCUGAUAGCAACUCAGAUUGUACGUCCUGCUGAUGGAUCCCACUAUAUUAUUCCAUAUUAUGGUCCAGGCAUUAACUUUGUUCUUAUGAAUAAUGAAACUUACAAACAACCUCAAGAUGAUUGGAAUAUUAAUCAUAAUGAGCUAUAAACAAUAA